AUGGAUGAAAUGUUGAUGUUUUUGGUUGCUGGAUUCGAGACAACAUCAACUGCACUUGCUUGGUUCAUUCAUCUUCUGAGUAAACAUCCACGUGUACAACAGAAGAUCAAAGCAGAAUUAAUGAACGAUAGUAAAAAUCAAGAUUUGUCACUAGAUCGUCUCGAUUCGUUGAUUUAUUUGGAUUGUGUUAUCAAAGAAGUACUUCGUUUUUGUCCACCCGCUGAUGGAACAAAUCGUACAUUAACUGCCGAUGAUCGUCUACCCAUGAGCGGUGUACAAUUAUACAAAGGCGAUCUUGUAAUCAUUCCUUUUAAUAUUCUUGCGCGAGACAAUUGUCACUGGUCGAUCGAUCCGAAUCUCUUUUAUCCAGAGAGAUUUCUUGAUGAAGACAAGAAUCAUCAUCCAUAUGCAUUCAUUCCGUUCGGUGGUGGUCAUCGACAAUGUAUCGGACAAGAUUUGGCUCGAUUUGAAUUGAAAGUGAUCGCAGCAAGGCUGAUGCAACAUGUGACAUUUGGCGAUGGUGGCCCUAAACUUAAUGCUGGUGGGCAAAUAUCAAGACUGACUACGUUCCCUAAAUAUGUCGGUGUCACUAUUGACUUUAAUAACAAAAAUGAAAGUGAUAAUCUCUCCUCUUAG